AUGUCUGCAUUAUUGCCAACAGUAAUACUUUAUAUUUUUAUUACUUGCUUUAUUACCAAUAGCUACCUAAUGAGUCUAAUAGAAGGUGACUCCAUCUACAGUUUAUUUCCAAACCAUGAUUUGGGUUUGGAUUUCACUUCUGGUCUUGUACCAGACAGUCCUAACAAAUUUGGAAAUGUAAACACAACUCCAAACACCACUCCACCAAUCAACAAUAACAAUAACAAUAAUGUCAACAAUCAAGUUCAACAGCAUACAAAUGGUGCUAAUAUGCAAAAUCCAUCUGGAAUCAACGGAACCUAUAAUCUCAACAAUAAGAAAGCUCCUCCACAAUCAUCAAAUGGAUACAAUGGAAAUACAAAUGGUUUUUCACAACAUCAACAAGUCCAUCAACCACCUCAAAUGUCACACCAACAACAACAGCAACAACAACAACAACAUCAUUUGAAAGACUCUAAUCAAGCCAUUCAAAUUUCUACUCCAUUACCACCAUAUCAUCAACAACAGCAACAACAUCAUAACCUUCAACAACAACAUCAACCAUCAUACUCCCAACAUCAACAAAUGCAACCUAUUCAUAAUGGUGGUAUGGAAGAGCAGAUUUAUUCUCUUUUCUUAGCCUCUGAAAAGGAUAAUUCAAUGAAUAUCAUUCCAGAUUUUAAUUGUAGUCCAAAUCAAUUAAAUUUAAAUAUGUACAAUGGAGUAAAGCUUGAAGAUUCAUAUUCCAAUGGAAUUGUUCCAGAUUCUUCACUUACCCAAGAUAAUAAUGUUUUAAAGAAAAUAGAUUUUAUAAAUGAACCAAUGAAACAACAUUAUUUUGUUCCGGGAUCUGCUUAUGAAAUGCCAUUAAUUGUACAAAAUAAUAACAAUAAUAAUCCAAACAACAAAAAUGUAACCAAUAAUAAAACAUCUGCUAAAAGAAAGGAAGACGAUAACAAGAUUAAAAAGAGAAAGUUUAUCACUUCAACACCAGUCAAGAGUGAGAAUGGUACAAUGUUAAUUCCAACUCCAGAUGGAAGUGUAAACCCAGAAGAAGAAAAACAUAUGAAAAGACAAAGAAGAUUGGUAAAAAACAGAGAAGCUGCUCAACUAUUCCGACAAAGACAAAAGGCCUAUAUUCAAGACCUUGAGAAAAAAGUCCAUGACUUAACAACCAACAACAGCGAAUUCCGAGCAAGAACAGAGUUGCUUAAUUCAGAAAACAAACUAAUUCGAGAGCAACUUAUGUACCUGAGGAACUUUAUCACCCAAGCAGUUUCGUUCACCUUCCCAAAGGGUCCAAAUGGUUCGCCAAAUGGUAGUCCCAGCAGUAUGGAGAUGCCACCAGGUCUAUCUGCUCCAUUGCCACCAGGUAUCUUGCCACCUGGUAUGAUGAAUUUACAAAAUCCGAUGAUCAUGAGUGCUAUUGCCGAAGCAACAAAGAAUAGCCAAUUUCGUCAGAAUAUCAAUAGUGUAAUGUCUAUUCCAUCUCCACCUUCGCUCAGUAUCCAAACACAACAAGUUCCAUACAUGACACAAAACACUCCACCACAACAAACCAUAUCACCACCAUCAGUUCCCAUCAACCAACAAUCAUCUCCAAAUGGUACACCUCAAUCCAACUCUCCAAAUAAUAACAAUAACAACAACAACAAUAACAAUAUAUCUCCCAAAAGACAAAAGUAA